UUUUUCUUUUUUUGCCUAACGUUUGAAAUUAUAAGCUCAGUAAUCGGAUAAAUCUGUGGACAUUCUGAUUGGCUGACUGUCUCGUCAUUUUGGGCAAAUUUGUCGCUUACCUUUUUGAUUGUUUACGUUUCUAGCUCUUUCAAAAAGAUCUGCAAUUUCUCCUAAAUUUCAACUUGUUAAACACCUUUUUCUGUCUCUCACAUUUUCUCCUGCCGCCGACACUUCCACAUUUGUCGGUUAGAAUUUCUUUUUCUAAUUGAUCUUUUUCACUUUGGUAGACCAUACAAUUUUUUUUUCAGUUAAUACAUAAACUGAAAGCCACCAUUUGUCUACACAAGUCAAAUGCAUUGAUCUGAUUCUCCAGAAUUCAACAUUAGCAAUUCAAAUAAGUUCGCAACAUUUUAUUUAUCACAGAGACUCCAAUUACAAUGAUGCGAAUGAAGACCAAAACUACCGGAAAGCCACCGGUGAUGAAUGAUAGUUCCGUUGCCAGCGAGAAUGAGUGGGAGCUGAGGCCUAGUGGAAUGCUGGUCCAGAAACGCAACCCGGAAUCUGAAAAUCGAGCUUCUCCACCUACUAUUCGGGUUCGGGUCAAGUACCAGUCCAUUUAUCAUGAGAUCAAUAUCAGUUCUCAAGCAACAUUUGGUGAAUUGAAGAAGAUGUUGAUGGGACCAACGGGGUUGCGUCAUCAAGAUCAAAAGUUACUGUAUAAAGAUAAAGAGAGGGAUGAUAAAACAUUUCUUGAUAUUGCUGGAGUGAAGGAUAAAUCCAAAAUAGUUGUAAUUGAAGAUCCAAUUAGCCAAGAAAAACGGUACCUCGAGAUGAGAAAGAAUGCUAAAGUGGAGAAGGCCGCAAAAACAAUUUCAGACAUCAGUUUGGAAGUCGAUAGGCUGGCUAGACAGGUUUCUGCACUGGAAUCUGUAAUAUCUAAAGGUGGGAAAGUUGUGGAAAAGGAUGUGAUAAAUCUGACAGAGUUGUUGAUGAAUCAGCUGCUUCUACUGGAUGGUAUUAUUGCUGAAGGUGAUAUAAAGGUGCAGAGAAAAAAUCAGGUGAGGAAAGUGCAAAAGUGUGUUGAAGUACUAGAUAUGUUGAAGAUAAAAAAUUCAAUGCCAACUAAUAAUGGAAAUCACAAUCCAAAAAACCGAUCCCCCCCAGCUCAUCAGCGUCAAGAUUAUAUGUAUUCGAAUGAGCAGGCAUCAUCACCCGUUCAACAUAAUUUAGACGGGCAUUCAUUUGAAAAUUCGCCGGUACAAAGCAAACAGCAGCAGCAAUCGAGGCACUCGACCUCAGGGUCUGUUGUCGUAACCACACAAUGGGAAACAUUUGAUUCCAUGCCAGCGCCCUUGUUGGAUCAUUUCUCAUCACCUACAACCACAUCAAGCACCUGUGCUGCAGCUACCCAAUCACGACUCAGUUGGGAUUUGCUCUGAAUAAGUUGUAGACAAAAAUUGUUUCUGCUAGUUUGAGGGAUCGGCUGGUGUGAAUUUCUCCUUUCCCUUGUUGUUUUGGUACCUAUACUCCAUUCUUUUCUGUAUCCAGGUUUUGUUUUAAAUCCCGUUUUAAUAAUCUCCAAGUUGAGAAAUAUCUGGGUUACCACAUAAUAGUUACUGGAGUAUUAGGUUGUAAUCCCUCUUCCAAGUUCUCGAUCAUCAAUUUUCUAUGUAAUGUCUUUGGUGUGGAUAUGUAUGGUCAUACUUUCAUGUAUUUCUAAUUGUAAUGUUAUUGAUAUUGAUAGAUAUCAUAUAUUCC